CCUUGUGACUUGGCGUAGUUUGCAUAUUUUUCCAUCACAAGUUUCAUCACGAUGGAUUCUUUGCUAGAAAAUGUCACCGAAGUCAGCAAGAAAUACCCCAAAUUGGACACCAAGUUUUCCUACGGGACUGCGGGGUUCAGAACCCGUGCUGACACCCUUGAAACGGUCAUGUUUCGCAUGGGAAUGCUAGCCGUGAUUCGCUCGCGUGCAAAGGAAGGUCAAGCUAUUGGAGUUGUAAUCACGGCCUCUCACAACCCUAUUUACGAUAACGGUGUAAAGCUAGUCGACCCCCUUGGUGAGAUGUUGACCGAAUCAUGGGAGAAGUACGCUACAUCGCUUGCGAAUGCCAACGAUCUCAUCGGCGCGCUCAAAGAUGUUAUUCAUGAGACGAAGGUGGAAAUGUGCAGACCCGGAAAGGUGUUUAUCGCGCGUGACACUAGACCCAGCGGUUUAGCGUUCACUAAAGCACUUAUGGAUGGGAUACAGGCACUAGGUGGAUUAUAUCACGAUUAUGGGGUGCUUACAACACCUCAACUCCACUACAUGGUACGAUGCCAUAACACCCAAGGCGAGUAUGGUGAGGCCACUGAACAAGGCUACUAUAAGAAAUUGUCCAAGGCAUUCAUUCACCUGCGCAUGUUAGCUGGAAAAGGCAAAGCCAAGCAAAUUAAACUAGAUGGUGCGAAUGGGGUUGGAGCACUGAAGGUUAAAGAAAUGGCCAACCAUAUGAAGGGGGAGUUACCGCUUGUGAUUUUCAACGAGGGUGAAGUCAGUAAACUGAAUGAAAAGUGUGGUGCUGAUUAUGUCAAGCUGUACCAGUGUGCCCCUGAUAAUAUGACUAUUUGCCCUGGCGACAAGUGCGUUACAUAUGAUGGCGACGCAGACCGAGUCAUGUACUUCUUCAUGGGUAAUGACAGCCAGUUUCACCUACUGGAUGGUGACCGCAUUGCCACUCUGAUUGCUGGUUUUAUUAAGGAACGCCUGGACAAAACAAAUGUGGUUCUCUCCAGAGGUCUUGGGAUGGUUCAGACAGCUUACGCUAAUGGAAGCUCAACCAGGUAUGCACAAGAUGUCUUGAAGGUUCCAGUUGCUCUGGCCAAGACAGGUGUGAAGUUUGUUCAUCACAGAGCUGAGCAGUUCGAUAUUGGGGUCUACUUUGAAGCCAAUGGACAUGGAACAGUUCUUUUCAGCAAAGAAGCUGUAGCAAAAAUCAAAGAAGUUGCCCAGAAAUCUGAGAAAAAUUCAGAGCAGCACAGGGCAGCAACUGAGCUGAUCUAUUUAAUUGAUUUGGUCAAUCAGGCAGUCGGGGAUUCCAUUAGUGAUAUGCUUGUUGUUGAGUCUAUUCUGAAUGCACAGGACUGGGAGCUGGAAGACUGGUUUAACUGCUACACAGAUCUUUGCAAUCGGCAAUUGAAAGUCAAAGUAAAGGAUCGUACAGUCAUCAAGACAUCAGAUACAGAGGAACAAGUGAUUGAGCCUCAAGGCCUACAAGUUGAAAUUUCUAAGCUGGUAGCCAACUAUAGCAAGGGGAGGUCAUUUGCAAGACCGUCUGGUACGGAGGAUGUGGUCCGUGUAUAUGCAGAAGCUGAUAGUCGUGACGCUGCUGACAAACUAGCUGUUGAAGUUGCUCAGAAAGUGUUUGAUUUUGCUGGCGGAGUUGGGGACAGGCCAUCAUAAGAAUAAUAUUGCAAGAUAAUCAAGCUGCAGUGGAACUCUCAUUAAAUGGACUCCAAUUUCUACUUUAUACCCAUACAUGCGUUCAUUACAAGUUGAGCUGUUUCUAAAAUAAAAUAGGUCCCCUGUUUUGUUGUUGGUCCGAAUAUGUAUUUUUUUUACAUUUUGGAAAGUCUUAGUAUUUGUGAUUUGUCAAUUAACUGAUCAAGAGAAUGUGUAUUAUCAAAUCUUUCAAUUGAUUAGCCUAAAAGAACUGAUUUCAUUCCAUGUUAAAUACAAUUGAAUUUUUAUCUAAUGUAAUGUAGGUGGUGGAAUGAUGCAAGAACAAGCAACAUUAGAAUAAUUUUAAAGCCAUGCUUCCCAGUUGCUGUGAAAGCCUCUAGAAUUCAUAAUGUUCAAUAUUUCAGCAGAAAUUGAACCCUCUUAAAACAGAAAAGAAAACCUUAGCCUGUAUAGCAUAUGUAUAUAAAAGUUAUGUGGGGUUUCAGUUUAUGCUGCAAUACCACAUAAACUUUGCUAGCAGGCUACCACCACCUCUGAAUAAAUAUGUCACAUAUUCAGUGCAGGUUUAUUUGCUUAUAUACCCACAAUACCUUCAAUUACCAUGUGAGCUCUCCAAUAUCCUCAAAGCUGUCUUAUUCAAAGUAUUUUCUAGGAAGUGAUCCAGUGAAAAAAAAAAUAUGGGUUGUAAGGUUUCAAGGGUUAUUGCAUAAAAGUAAAGGUUAAAGAAAAUGGA